AGUAGACGUUCUUACUGAUAAGCAUGUUUUAAUUUCAGGGGCUUGUUAAAAGGAAAACUCAGUUUACUUCAAAAUAUCCUGCCAAUGAGAUAGUCACAAAAAUUGAGGCUGCAGCAGCACCUAUGGGAUUUGAUGUCAAGAAAAACAACUACAAGAUGAAGCUUCUAGGAGAGAAAUCAGGCCGCAAGGGUCAAUUAGCAAUCACGACUGAGGUUUUUCAAGUUGCUCCAUCGCUAUAUAUGGUUGAAAUGAGGAAAUCAGGGGGUGACACCUUGGAAUUCCACAAGUUUUACAAGAACCUCACCACGGGUCUUAAAGACAUUGUUUGGAAAACAAUCGACGUAGAGAAAGAGGAAGAAACCCAAGUUUCAGGUGGUACUAGUGGUGCCGUGGUUGCUUCUUGAUACCGGUCAAAUUGUCUACGUAUGCUUCUAAUUAUUAGAUUUUGUUCUGUAUAAAAUUGCUUUGGGGUGUUUCGAGUGUGGUUUUGAAGUUAUUAUACAAAAGGAAGCGUCAAGAAGUGGAGCAAAGCAGCAAACUGGAAACUACAUUUGGGGGAUUUUUUUCUUUUUUGUUAAUCUUUUGCUUGAUUGCACUGGAAUGUUGUGAAUAACGUAUAUAGCUUGAAUCUGAAUAAACCGUAAAUCAAAAGCUUUUUACAUA